AUCAGUAUAACACCAACUGUGUCCACAACCUAUACCAGACCGACAAUAAUAACAGGGGCACCUCGGAGUCGCCAUGUCCCUAUUCCAUACCACAGAUCAACUUCUCUCACAACACCUUGUGUCCAGAAUUUCGAAAUGGCAUCUGAGGAUGUGGCGGGUGUGGUCCCCGAUACUCCAGUGCUGGAGAGCCAUCAGCUCAGCAAAGUCCAGACUCUCCCCCUCAGCUCCAUCAUCAAGUGGCGGUCCCAGAACUCAGUCAAAGAGAGACAUCGUCUCAAGAUUCAAACAGGUCUGUUGGGUGGGAAGCGAGCCUGCCUACCUUGUUAUCUGAAAUGCAAGCACUUCUUUAAUGUAGUAUCCAAUCUUGUUAUCUGCUUAAUGUGUAUGUUUAGUAUCAAAUGUUGUAUCUGAAAUGCAUCCACUUAAUGUGAAUGUUGUUUGGUAUUGUCCUAGCUACAUGAUCCAUAGACUUGUGCACUGUCAUGCAACCACCCUUGUAGGCUUAGGCCUAAUGUGCUUCAAAAUUUACCUAUUAUUCUAUUCUGCACUGCUUGCGAUUUCCCCCUAUUAUUCACUUUUUUACUCCGAUUAUUCCAUGCAAUUAUUCCCACAUUACAAAAUUAUCUCUUAUUAUACUGUAACAU